UAACAAGCACUAUAUUAUAAGCUUCUCUUUUCCGGAUUCCAAUUUCGAAAGCUUCACUCUGAACUCUUUCCUCCUUCAUCAUUCAGAAGGAAAUCAAAACUAAAAUGUUGGAGAUGAUGGGAAAGAGAUGUUUGAUUAGAUAGGAAUUAUACACUCUCUUUCAAUACAGCCACCAAUGAAAAGAUUAAAAAGUUUAGUUACUUUCUUCAGGUUUACUCUUCGAAGAGAAAAACAAUUUUCUGAAACAUUUAUAUGCAGUCUGGUUCAUCUUAAUAUCCAAAUUAUUAAUGGUUAAGCUACAUUUAAGUUAUUUGAUAUGAAACUCAACUAAAGUUCUGAUAGAAAUGUAAUACUUUAUUAAUUUAUACUAUUAAUUUAUAAUAAUAUCUUCAAAUAGCAUGAGCGAAAUUUUCAAUAAUUGUUUUCAUAAAAAGUUCAACAAAUGCUAAAUAAUUUACAAAACAUAAUUAGUAAACCAGUAAAAACUAAAGAUAAUUUGAUUAUAAAUUGAAAAUCUAAUAUAAACUGAAACAAACAUAUAUUAUAAAACGUCAUUAUUGUUACAUAAUGUAUACCAUUUAUUAUUUAUGACAUUAUUGAAAUAUUUAUAUAUUACUUCUUAUAAUUUUAUCACAUUACACUUGAUUUUCAAUGGAUUUUACUUGGAGGUGGUUGCAUUAAUUUAUUAUCUCGAAAGUUAGUUAUUUUAAUAAUAUUAAAAUCUGAUACUCUUAGAAAUUAAAAAAAUACUAUUUAUUCUUACUUUAGAUUUUCUUCAACUAUAUCAAAUAGAAAAGUAUAAAUCAUUGCAAUUUCAUUAAAAUUUUAAUCUAAUAUUUUUGUGCUUUUUUUCUAACAAAAAAAUGUUAGUUGUUUUUUCAACUCAAAUCAAUAAAAUUUAAUAAAAUUAAAAAUAUAAAUAAAUUUAUUAUUUUCAGUAUAAAAUAAAAUUCAAAUAUUUUAUAAACUAAAUUGUAUUUUAAUAUAAAAUAAUUUUAGUGCAAACUCACCCACCCGUAGGGAGGGGGGGCAACCCCUAGUAAUUUAUGUAAUCUAAUUGCAAUUUGUUUUUAAUUCAAAUAUUUACAUACGUAUUUUUAUGAGUCGAUAAAAUUAAAAAAAAAAUAUACAAACAGAAAAAAGAAUGCACAGAUCGGACGGUUAAACCAUGACAGACCCUUAAACAUGCCAGGGACGGGAGAUAAAUCUAGCUACAAAAGGCACAAAGGAUCUCUCGUUCACAUCCAUAGACACGCCAGAUCUAACCCUAAUUUAGCGACAAAGUCUCCAAUUUGUAACCAUGCCCGAAGGCAAGAGCGAAUAUUUCUCCGGUAAUUGGACACACGUCUUCUGGCUCACGGAUGACUACCCAGUCCCUAUUGAUUUCAACAUUGAUGAUAUCCAUGAAGCAAUCAAAGAAGCUCUUCUUCGAAUGGGUUUCGAUAAGGUUCAGCCAAUCCGGAAGUUUUGUGACAAAAACAAACAGUGUGAUGCUUCAGCUCCUCUCACAAUGGUUAGGGAAAUCCUUUUUCUAGCAGCAUCGAUGUGUGAUGAUCCAGUAAAUUUAAUUGUCAUCGCAAAACAAAGCACACACCCUGAGGUUGACAGGGUUCUUCACUGUUUGGAAUCCAGAAACAACCCUGUUCUCCUAGUACAGCUGCCUGAUGACUUUUCUGUGGACUCACUGGUUGCUUCGACACACGAUUUACGUGGAGGAAAGCCUCAAAGGCCAGAAAGUUAUGUUUUUCCUUUAAAUUUGGAAAUUGGUUCUGGUUCUGGUUCUGACUCAGACUAUGAUUCUGAUACUGCUACGGAGGAGUCUGCUUAUAGGUGGAGGAAAAGAGUCACCUAUAAGCUCUCAUAGGGUUUCAGUGAUUGUGAUUGUAUCUGGUUUUUUGUUUUCUGUCAAGAGUCUUUGGUAUGUCUUUCAUCUUUGUUCUGUUAAACUUUUUUUUGGCUUCAAAUGAUUUGCAGUUUUGUUCCCUU